CUGCACUACGGGACCCUCCUGGGCAGCAGAGCUUGUGCCCACAUGGCAGCAGCUGCCUGGGCCAGUGCCUUUCUCUAUGCUCUGCUGCACACAGCCAAUACAUUUUCCCUGCCCCUGUGCCACGGCAAUGCCCUGGGCCAGUUCUUCUGUGAUGUUCCCCAGAUUCUCAAACUCUCUUGUUCAUACUCCUACCUCAGGGAACUUGGGCUUCUUGCUGUUAGUGCCUUUUUAUCAUUUGCCUGUUUUGGGUUCAUUGUUUUCUCCUAUGUGCAGAUCUUCAGGGCUGUGCUGACGAUCCCCUCUGAGCAGGGAUGGCACAAAGCCUUUUCCACCUGCCUCCCUCACCUGACCAUGGUCUCCCUGUUCCUCAGCACUGCAGACUUUGCCUACUUGAAGCUCCAUCCCUCCAUCUCCUCCCCCUCCCUGGAUCUGGGAUUGUCAAUUCUGUACUCGUUGAAACCUAGUGGCCCCUUGUCUGCAUGA